AGAGAGAGAGAAUUUCCCUUCUUCAAGCGAAUCCAACUCGCGCCCCUAUUAACUCCCAUUCCUAUCUCUCCCUUCCCAUCUUACCUGUGCCCUAACCUCCAGUUCCCUAAUCCCCAACUCCCCCCCUUCAACGGCCGCUCCCUGCCGGCCAUCGGUGUGGCAAUAACCGCGGCCAUCGGUCUUUACCGGAAAAUUAACGGAGGAAAUCGCUAAUUUAUUCACCGGUUCCUUCAAACUCGCUCCCUUCUUCUCUCGCACAACUCGCGCUUUCCCUCAGUGCUUUAUCCUCCUACUCGUCUACUCAUCACUCGCACCUUGAUUCUCUUUCACUAGCUUCUUUUCCUGCGCGGUAGUCUGCAUUCCUUUCUGCUAAGUUUCUCUCACAGGAAGGCAGCCGACAACAUACACAGUGCAUUAAGAUGUCAGGAUACGAGAAUGUUGUUGGUGGGAAGUUGAAGCUAAAGGGAAAAGCCUUGGAUGUGAAAGCUGGUGGUAUAAAGAAGAAAAAGAAACAUAAGAAGCAUGAAGAUCAGGCUGCUCAAGUCCUCAAUAAUGAGCUGUCAGCAGGUGGAAGUGCAGAUGCAUCAGCUGAUCAUAACGAGGAAGAAGAUGAUGCUAACAAAUCAAGUGGGGAUAUGAAAGCUGCUCCAUAUGAUGACCACCUGACACCUGCAGAGAGACGAUACAUAGAGCAGAAACAGCAACUUGAUGUGCAUAGGUUAGCAAAGGAAGCUAAUAAAUCUCACCGGGAUCGGAUUCAAGACUUUAACCAGUAUCUAGCAAACAUGAGCGAGCAUUAUGACAUUCCCAAAGUUGGCCCUGGUUAAUUUUGUUAAGGAGGAACCAAUUUUCAUGAGUUGUCAGGCAAAUUUGGGUGCUAUUGACAUAUUGAUCUUGUUUUGUGGGUUGUUUGUAUAUGCAUUCUGGAUGUUGAUUUUCCUUUCAAACCAGAUUGCAGGUGUAAUAACUGUAUGGAUGGUAUCUAUGUAUUUUUAAGCAGCUUGUUUGUUUAUCCAUGUUAGGCAUUAUUAUGAGUAAUACAGCCUAGAGAAGUGAUGCUCAGCCACAAAGGCAAUCCGAUUUACACAACUAGAUACGAUAGAUUUAAUUAUACCAUUUUGGAUUCCUUUA